CAACCACCAAAAAAACGAAGUAAAAAAAAGAGCGAAAAAUGGCAAGCGCAAUGUUGAAGAAGCUGGUAUGUUUAGCGGUGAUUUGCAUGGUGGUGGAAACCCUGAUGGCCCCACAUGCAGUCGAGGCGGUGGUGACAUGUAACUUGGUGGCCAAGUCCCUAGCACAAUGCAUACCGUACUUGAAGGGCAGUGGUGGACCUAGGCCAUCGCCUAAUUGCUGCGCCGGGGUUCAGGGUCUCAAGGCCGCGGCACAAACCACAGCUGACCGUAGAGCAGCUUGUAAUUGCAUGAAAAAUCAGGCAGCUAACACUAAAGGUCUAAAUUAUAACCUCGCUGCUAGACUUGCUUCUCAGUGUAACGUUCGCGUUAACUACAACUUUGACCCCAAAACUAACUGCAACAGCAUACAGUGAAGCCUUGUGAAGGGGAAGUAAACGCGAUGACAUGAAAAUUAAAUUUCUGAGAUUAUGAAUGUCUCAAUAUAAUACGUGUUGCUCUAGCUUAUAUUGUAAUUCUAGAUUUCCAGACAUGGAUGCAGGAUGAUGCAUGUUCCGGCUGCUUAUAUGUAUUUCUAUAUUUUCGAUAAUAAAAUGUUGUCAAAUCCUUAUUCUAAAAUGUGGAG